AUUUAAUUGACAACUUGUUCGCUUAAGCAAGCGUGGUCUUCAGCAACAGUUUUGUAACGCUUGGAGGGCAUAAAACACGAUUGGAUUUACUAUCAACGAUCGAACAUGAUGGUCACACGAUUUUCUGUGCUUGUUAUAUUUCUCUGUGCCAUGACUACACCAGGCGUGUGCUUUACUUUUAAUUCUGAUGAUUCGGUAAACCAAGAAGAACACGUAUCAUACCAGAACUACCAUCAUCAAAUACAUUGGGCAUCCUGUGGUAACAAUAGUAUGUGCCAAUGUCGUAAGAAAUAUGCCCGUUGUUUAAACCAUGGCCAGGACUUAGAUUACAUCCCUAGUUUCAAAAGGACAAUAGAAAAACUAAACUUUACUGGUAAUUACCUUCCAGAAAUAAACAAUAACACUUUUGAAAAUAUAACCAAGUUCAGGAUGAAAUAUCUUGGAAUAGAAUCGUGCUCACUCCAAUCAUGUUCAUCAAAUGCUUUCACAAAAUUAGAUUAUCUGGACAAGUUGAUCAUUAGUCAUGAAAACAUAUCAAUAUCUGAACUGAUGAAGUGUCUAUCCAGUGUUACUAAGGGCUUAUUUUCCCUCGGCUUGAGAAAUUUAAACCUUAAUCCCCUUCCCCCCGAUUUCUUCAUCCCAAUGCAAGACUCGAAAAUGCUCAAACUCAAUAUGGACGACACGAAUAUAGAAGUAUACAACCAGAGAGUAUUCAGGCCCUUGAAACACCUACGCGAUAUCUUUGUGUCACGGUCAAAUAUUCACACCGUCAAUCUUGAGUAUUCUCCCAAUAUAGAAUGGUUCUCCGUGGUUUAUAAUAAAAUAGUCGAAUUCCCAAGGUUUUGUGUUAAUGGAACUUCGUUGUUUCCAAAACUCUCUGCUCUGAUUUUCGACCAUAACUUUAUAAGACAUAUAAAUCGCAGGCAGCUCAAAUGUCUAACAUCACUCACUAAUUUGUCCAUAUCGGAUAACCCAAUAGUGUCCUUCGAGAGUAAUUUAUUCUCAGACCUUUCGGUCCUUCACUACCUAUUCUUUGAGUACAACUCUGCCCAAUCUAUUCAAGUUCAGUCAUAUGCUUUCAACAGUUCUUCGCUGCGACAGCUAUAUUUCAGCAACAAUAAAAUAUUAUUCGAUGGUAAUCAUUUAAGUUUGAAUGCCUUCAAGUACUGCGAGCAACUGCAAACUUUGUUUGUUUCUACAAAUAAUUUAAUCUCCACCACUGAUGAAAUGUUUGAUGAGCUAUUUAGUACAUUGAAAAACUUAAAAACACUAUCUCUCGGCAACACCAGGAUUACGUUUGUUCCACGGGUUAUUUCUAAUCACAUGAGAAACUUGGAGACACUGUAUCUCGAUCAUAACCAUAUUACGGGGUUUCAAGAUGGCGUCUUCAGCAGUCUGGGGUCAUUGAAAAAAUUAGAUCUGAGCAGUAAUCAGAUAUCCGUCAUCAAUCAGAAUUCUUUCUCCCUAGAAUGGUUGAAUACUUUGCAAUGGAUAGACCUGUCAAACAAUUCUUACACCUGCUCCUGCGAAUUACUUUGGUUCAUCAACUUUUUAAAGAGCCAAAAGCUACGAAAACCGUUUAAGAAUGACCAAUACUACACAUGUAAUUCGCCCAAGGAAUGUUUGGGCAAACAGAUUGUAAAAUCACCUAUUUCGGGACAUAAAUGUGCUUUCUCAAGGUUAGUAUUAACUAGCGCGACAUAUUGUUCAGUAGCCCUCAUUCUCUUGCUACUGACAAUAUCUGGUAUUUAUCGUUUCCGAUGGCAUUUACGAUACAUGGUUUAUAUGGCACGGUUCCACCAGAAACGCUACCAGAAUCGUUUGCACGGUCAUCAACAAUACCAACAUGAUAUUUAUCUUAGUUGCGAAGAUAACGAUUUUGAUAUUAUUUUAGAUGAUAUCGUACCUAAAUUAGAAAGGGAUAUGGGUCUGCGACUUUACAUUCCUCUCCGAGAUGGGCAGGGAAACAAAAUUGAUAGCAUAAUUAAUAACAUGGAUGCAAGCCGUAAAGUUAUUCUGUGUUUGUCUGAUAAUUAUGCACGGGAUAGUUACUGUGAGUUUGAAGCAAGUUUAGCCUAUGAUAAGUAUAUAACUGAACGACGAGAUUUAAUGAUUGUUAUAGUUCUGAGAGAACUUAGUGCUCUCAAUGUAACCAAAACGUUUCAUAAGAUACUAAAUGUUGAUAAUUACAUCAAGUGGGGCUGGAACGAUGAAGGCAUUGAAUUAUUCUGGUUAAAACUUACCCAGUCAGUUAGAAACCUGGAUGAUAUGAUUCCAUAGAAUUAGAGUCACCCCCACCCCCUUGGAUGAUAUGAUUCCAUAGACUUUAUGUAACAUGUGAUGUUUUAGCUUUAACAACAAUGUGAUUGAAUUGGACCCCCCUCCCCCUCGAACCCACUUUUCCUAUUAACUUGCAAGCACAAAAAUGCCCCCAAUUUUUAAUCUGUGACGUAUUACCCUGUCUGUGUAUGGCUUUGCCUCGACGACACAAUUCUUUGGUGCAUGCUUAGGGACAGGGACCCUCUAGAUGUCACAAUUUUAAUGAAACUUGAAAUGCAUGUUUAUAACCCAAAGAUCUUGGUUCCUUUCAAUUUUCGUGCAUAUCGGAUAGUAACCUCCUGAAUUAUGGCCCUUGAUUUUACGAAAAAUCUCGUUUUUAGCAUGUGGUCCCUCUAUAAGUCACAAUUUUUAUCCGAUUUAAAAUACCGUGUCACGUGUUUAGCUUGUGGACACUCUAUAGGUCACAAUUUUCAACUGAUUUUGAUGAAACAUUUUAGCUUGUGGCCACUCUAGAGGUCACAAUUAUUAUCCGAUUUUAAAAAAUAAAACGUUCGCAUAUGUCACCGUUACACCCUUAUGAUGUUUGAGUUCAAAUGUCACGAAAAUCGGACCAAAACUGCCGAACAAAAUGGCCGCCCCUCGUACGCAAAUGGUGUAAAAAUAUGGUAUAUCAAGGUUGCAAGAAUAUUUAUCCGAUUUUGAUGAAACUUUAAAUUUAUGUUUUUAUCUCAAAGAUCUUGGUUCCUUCCGAUAAUCGCGCAUAUCCGAACGUCACUUCUGGAUUUUGAUCCCUGAUUGUUUUAAAAAUCGCCUGUGGACCCGCUAGAAGUCACAAUUUGUAUUCAAUUUUAAAAACCAUUUUAAAUAUAUCACUGUUACAACAUCAUUGGAGGUCGAGUUCGAAUUUCUUAAAAUCUACCGCUCUUGUACGCAAAAAUAGUGUAAAAGUAUGGAAUUCCAAGGUUGUGGACACUCUAGAAGUCACAAUUUUUAUCCGAUUUUGCUGAAACUUGAAAUGUAUGUUUAAAAUCUAAAGAUCGUGGUUCCUGUUGAUAUUUGGGCAUAUUGGACUGUCACUUCCAGGAUUCUCUAGAGGCCACAAUUAUUUAUCUGAUUUUAAAAGCCGUUUAAGUGUAUCACCAUCAUUAUAUCCCAAAGAUCUCAGCCCCUUUCCAUAACUAUCUGGAUUAUGGCCCCUUAUUGUAGCUUGUUCUCUUAUCCGUAUCAUGCAAAAUGUGGGCGUAUCUUACCUGGCAACCGCUGGUUAAAUAUUAUAUAUGCUUAUUAUUAUUGUACACUGUAAAAGCGUCCCUAAUGUUUACAUUAUUAUAAGUAUAUUUAACAAAACAAAGGCGCUCUAUGUGUUUAUUAUUAUUGUAAAUAUCUUUAAAAUAUCCAAAAGCGUUUUGUGUGCAUAUUGUAAAGGUCCUAUAAUAUACUAAAGUAAACCCCGUGUUAACAUUAUUAUACAUAUCUUUAAACUACCUGAAAUCGUUAUCUGUCUGCUGAUUGUUUAAUGACCUGAACUAUACUAAAAGCAUUCCCUUUGAUAGUAUUAGUAACAAACAGGUUAACUAAGCCAAUAAUGUCAACAAAAAUUGUCAGUCGGAGUUGAACGUUAAACCCCAUCGAAUAUAAAUUGUAAUCGCGAUAGGUCCGCAAGCUUAAGAUCCGCGAUCAUUGGUGAGGUGAACCCGAUGUGGACUCUUUAUUUGAUUUUAUUCUUAAUCCAUUGCAGCGAUAAGUAAUUGUAUACAAAUAUAACCAUUCCUAAUAAUUAUCAUGUUAUAAUAUUCAUUUCAAUGUAUUAACUAUAAUAUGGAGAAUGCCAUUUUUUAAAUUUGGGUAUAUUACAUCAUGUAUAUCUAAUUUCCAUUCAUUAUAAGAUCUAUAAAGUGUGUUAUUAUUCAUCUUCACAUUACUCAGAUUGUAAGUAUUUUUUAUAAAUGAAUAAACAUCUGAUUUGGCA